CACGAAUGUCGGGAACAACUGCAACGACUGCACAACGACACGGUCUGGCGUCACAUUCUGCUUCAUGAUCUAACUGCUCUAUCGACCACUCUUCUCCUUACACCGACAAUGGAUCUCCUCUCCUCAAUCCGCAAAGAAGGCUCACGUGGCGGCGUGAAUUUCUCUUGGGAUGACGUCCAGACUUCCCAGCAUCGCGAGAAUUACCUUGGCCACUCUCUCAUGGCACCUGUUGGACGAUGGCAGAAAGGCAAGGACCUCAGCUGGUACGCGAAAGCAGAUGACAAAGACCUCAAGGAUGGGGAGACGGCUGAGCAAAAGAAAGUCCGGGAGAUGAAGGAGGAGAAACGGAGAAUCAAGGAGGCAGACGAAGACGCCCUUGCUAGAGCACUGGGAUUACCGGUUCCGGACAGGAACGUGAGCGGGAGCAAUGCGAUUACCGUUGGGGAGGUAAACAGAGUCGUGAAGGAGGCAGGGGUAGGCGAGGGUGAUGAUGUCGAGGAUAUCGGGAAAGGGAAAGGCUUUGGGGAUUUUGUUGGCAAAGUUGCGGCGGGUGACAGCCUGGAAGAUAUUAAGGAGCCUGAGAGAGGUGGGCUGGCUAGAAACGGCCGAGACAGGGACGAGAAGAAGGGUGAGGACAGAACCAGAAGUCGAAGUCGGGAAAGGAGACAUAGACGAUAUCGAGAUCGAUCCAGAAGUGGAGAGAGGCGUAGGCACAGAUCAAGAAGUGGCGACAGACAUAGGCAUCGACGUAGACACGAGGACCACAAGGAAAGGAGGCCCAGAAGCCGCAAUGGCGAAAGAAGAGAGCGGAGAUAUCGAAGCAGAAGCCCGGACAGGCAGAGAGGGAGAAUAGAUCGUGGUGUAGACCGUGGAAUACGUGGGGAAUAUGCUGAUAGACCUCGAAGAAGUCGAUCUCCUGAUUCACGGGAACGAGGGAGAAGAGACAGGGAUCCAGAAAGACGUCGAUGAUUUUCGUCCACAGAAUUGGGACUUAGCGAUGGCGUUCUGGGAGUGUAACCUACGAAAAUAAAUUGAUGUCGUGAUCAUUCUCUGC